GGCGUGGUUAUGUUAAAAUUUUUUAAAUGGCGGAAGAUUUGGCUUUAUUCUCUUCACUAUUUCAAGGAGCCUUUCCAGAGGAAUGGAAAAGAGAUCCUGAAUUUGUGAGAUAUCUCUCAGAAUUAACUUCAUUCUCCAUCAAACGACUCACACGGGAACCAGACCUGAUCAAAGAGGAACAGGAAUGCGUCUUGAACUCAACACAAAAUCUUGCAUUUAAUAAUUACAAGACAUUUAUACAGACUGCCGAAUGUUCUAGAGAAGUAUUUCGAGAGUUUAUUGCAGUUGAAGACCACGUCAAUAAAUUAAUUGAUAAGUUACCGAAUUUCUCCUCCUCUUGUAAGCAGUUUGGCAAAGACGCUCAAGAUAUAAGCAGCAAACGUAAACUCAAUUCCCUAGCUCUAUCAAGACACACCCAGUUAUUGGAGAUAUUAGAGAUACCACAAUUAAUGGAGACAUGUGUACGUAAUGGCUAUUAUGAGGAGGCACUGGAACUGAGUUCACACGUGAAACGAAUGGAAAAGAAGCACAACAACAUACCUAUUAUUAAAAAUAUUGCAUCUGAUAUAGAGCGCUGCUCUAAUCUGAUGUUGAUGGAGUUGAUCCAGCAGUUGCAAGGAAGCAUACAGCUACCGUCUUGUCUCAGGUUGGUCGGUUUGCUGAGGAGGAUGGACAUUUUCAACGAAUCUCAAUUGAGACUCAAGUUUCUACAGUCGAGGGAUUACUGGUUGCAGUCAGUCCUGUCUUCAAUACCUAAGGAUGAUC